AUGGAAUAUUUGGUUGAUUAUGAUCUUGAAGAAAAUGCGAAAAAACCACAUCAUGCAUGUGAUUUGUUACGUUACGAUUUAAAAAUGUGUCUAUUAGAAAGUGAUUGUUGCAAAAAGUAUGGCAAAACACCAAAACAAUGCCUUCAAGAUGAAUCAAUGCGCGAUCAUGUUGACGAUGAAUGUCGACGAUUAGCCUAUACAUUUUUUGAAUGCAAACGUUCAAUGAUUGAUAUGCGUGCAAGAUUUCGUGGGAGAAAGAUUAAUGUUAUGUUGCUUCGAAAUUCGUUAUUAACGUUAGUUGUUCGUUGUUGUUACCAGCAUGUGAAAAGACAAUUGACAAACGAGAACAUCGUCGACCAUCUUUAUAAUGGCACGAUGAACGGUGAUAGAAGUUGUUUAGCUAAAAGUAUAACGUUAAUAGAGUCGACAAAUGAAAUAAAACGAAAACAUGCUAAAGAAUUACUAACAAAAGUAUUAAGUGGUUUAAAACAAAAACAAGAAAAAAAGCAAGGGCAACCAAUUAGUUUUAGAAUAGGAUUGACUGGUGCGCCUGGAUCCGGUAAAUCGACAUUUAUCGAAGUAUUUGGAAGAUAUUUGAUUGAAAAGGGUCAUAAAGUAGCCGUGUUAACUGUCGAUCCAUCGUCAACUACCACAGGAGGUUCAAUUCUCGGCGAUAAAACUCGCAUGGUUGAAUUGUCACGAGAACGUCAGGCUUAUAUUCGAUCCUCUCCUUCAUCUGGCUCGUUAGGUGGCGUUACACGAACGACAAACGAUUCUAUUGCUUUAUGUGAAUUGGCUGGAUAUGAUAUUGUGCUUGUUGAAACUGUUGGUGUUGGUCAAUCGGAGUAUGCUGUCGCUGACAUGGUAGAUAUGUUGUGUGUUUUACUACCACCUGGUUCGGGUGAUGAAAUGCAAGGAAUUAAAAAAGGCAUCAUGGAACUUGUCGAUUUAAUGAUAAUUACAAAAGCGGAUGGUGAAUUACUGCCAGAAGUACGUCGACUACAAACAGAAUAUUCAAGCGCAAUGAGAUUAAUGAGAAGACGUUUUCAUAAUUGGACACCAAAAGUAAUAUCCGUAUCAUCAAGAACCAACAUUGGCAUUGAUAAAGCAUGGAUAAAUAUGUUAAAUUAUCAAAAUAAAAUGUUAGAAUCAAAUCAGUUUUUUUUGAAAAGAAAACAUCAAUUAAAAAAAUGGAUGUGGUCAAAUAUAAGAAAUUAUAUGCUGGAUUAUUUUCUUAAUGAUAACGAUAUACAGACACAUAUUAAACACUAUGAAAACGAUGUUGAAAAUGGACGCAUGACGCCCGGAUUAGCAGCGGACGAAGUUCUGAAAUUGUUCAUCGAACAAAGGAGACUUUAA